CUUAACAUGUACAAAUUGCAGCUCAAGAAUUAAGCGAACCAUUUCUUCUUCAUCAAAGCACUUCCCUUCUUUUUAUUUUUCUUUUUUUUGUAGUCCCUAAUUCCAUUUAGGGACUGUUAUUCCAUCGAAAGAGUGGUCUUUCUUUUUCCUCUUCAAAGAAGGGUUUAGUUUUCUUUUCUGUUUCACUUCAAGAAUCGAAGGGUUUAGUUUUUCUCUUCUGUUUCACUUCAAGAAUCGAAGAGUUUAGUUUUCUUUUCUGUUUCACUUCGAGAAUCGAAGCGUUUAGUUUUUCUCUUCUGUUUCACUUCAAGAAUCGAAGAGUUUAGUUUUCUUUUCUGUUUCACUUCGAGAAUCGAAGGGUUUAGUUUUUCUCUUCUGUUUCACUUCAAGAAUCGAAGAGUUUAGUUUUCUUUUCCGUUUGACUUCAAGAAUCAAUAUUAAGAACAUGGGAAACUGCAUAAAACCAAGUAGCAUGAAAAAGCAACAAGAAGAGGAUUUUGAAAUGGAGAAAUACCGAGAUUAUGGUGAUGAAGAACAAGAAUUUGAGAAAGAAAAUGGUAGUUUUGAUUCAGAGAAUAACAGUAAGAAUGGUGUUAAGGUUAAGAUAGUGCUUACAAAGGAAGAACUAGAAUGGUUGAUGUUUCAGUUAACGGUUAGCAAUGGAGGAAAGAAGCUUGCAGAUGUUUUGCAAGAGAUUGAAAGAGAAAGAGUUAAAGGAAAAGUUAGAACUUGUUGGAAACCUUCUUUAGAAAGUAUCAUAGAAAGCCCUGAAGGUCUUGACAUGGAAAGAUAAUUGAACACUGCUAAUUCUGCUGUUAUGGCUUUUUAUUUAUUUUAAUUCCUCUUUAAAUGAGAUUUUUUAUUUGGGUUUUGAUUUAACCCAAAUAUAUGUAAUUAAUUAGAAUGUUUGGUUC